GUACAAGCAUUGAUGUACUCAUCUAACGUAAGACCUACAUAACCUUGGCCUUUACAUAGAAAGUUCGAAUGCUUGAAAUAGUUACACACUAGCAAUGUACCUAAUGUACUAUGAAGAGGAUGUAGGUACUGUAUGAAGAGGGCGCCUGCAGCCUUAUCUCUUUUUAACAUUUGAUCUAAUCAUUUUUUCAUUAAAGAAUUGCGGGUCUGACAGCCUCGACAGCUUGUCCGUUUUCACGAGUGUGAGCCCUGGGCAGACCUGACAGCUUUGACAACUGGCAAAGUUUCUCGAAGUCCUUCCCGACUCAGCCGAAAGGGUCAACGUAAUGUCUUCUUAUCACAUCAUCUCCUCACUUGUCUUCCUUUGAUAUAUUUUGCUUGAUUAGUUCAACUCGGCUUUAUUAUUGUGACACCUAUCUUCUAUUUCGCGGUCGCAUCCCUUCCUUGACUUGAUAAACUAAUUCCGGCCGCUUCUACCUUCUUUCGCGGCAGAGUUAUCAUCGUAUUCAUAUCACACCACCCGAGCGUUACCUUAGCACAUCAGUGCGACUUAGCUGAGCGCCAAAGCCGACCAGCCUUUCAGCUCCUGAAUAAAUACCGCGUCAUUCGCUUCCUUCUCUGUAUAUUUUUGUCGCACUUGGAGGGAAUCCACUAUGUCUGAACGGCGAACCAGGCGGCAGGCCGCUUUGGCAGCAGCAGCAGCAACAACAGCAACAGCAACACCCACAGCUGACGAGGCUAACGACACUCUUACCAACAUCAGUCAGCACGAAGCCACUGUGAACGGCAACGACAAUGCUAAUAAUAUCAAUAAAGUCGGCAGUAAUGGCAACGGCAUUGCAUCAUUAGAUCCUAAGGUCGAUAACUAUCCGAAGGAAAAUAUCUUUCUAUUUUGGCCCAAUAUUAUAGGCUACUCUCGUAUCGUCCUAGCUAUCGCAUCCCUCUACUACAUGCCCCUUCACCCGCGGACAUGUUCUAUACUUUAUAGUAUCUCGUGCCUCCUCGACGCCCUCGAUGGCUAUGCGGCUCGUUAUUUUGAGCAAUCGACCAAGUUCGGCGCUGUUCUGGACAUGGUAACAGAUCGAUGCACUACCUCGUGCUUGCUCGUCUUCCUAUCCUCCGCCUUUCCGCGAUGGGCGAUCGUAUUCCAAGGGUUGAUCACGAUAGACUUCGCAAGUCACUACAUGCAUAUGUACGCCACAUUGGCUAUGGGCGGUUCGGAGACCAGCCAUAAGAACGUAGACAAAUCGCGAAGUUGGCUACUAAAUAUUUACUACACCAACAAGGUCGUCCUCUUCGUUUGCUGCGCCCUUAACGAAAUCUUCUUCAUUGCUUUGUAUCUACUGUCUUUCUCCUCGCCACUUUUGUCGCCACAGCUCCUCGAACCCCUCGGCGAGUCGAAAGCCGCUGCUAUCCAGAUUGGAGCACAAGUUAACAGUUCAGUCCUUCGACAGCUGUUCACUAACCCAUAUAGCGCUGGUGCCCUGGAGUUGGCCCGCGCAAACAAGAUGGAUUCGACUUUCCCUUGGAUCCUUGCUGGAAUCAGCGCCCCGAUCAUGGCAUUGAAGCAAUUCCUAAAUAUCCUUCAGCUCGUCAAAGCGAGCAGGUGGCUAGCCGAAGGCGACGUAAAGUCGAGAAGAGCGGCUGGUUUGCCGAGGCAAAAGGGCGGGAAGCGUGCUUAAAGAACGCAUAUAUAUUUCUUAAGCAAGACAAUGACAGACCCGCAAUCAGAUAGUUGUGUAGAAUAACACAAAUCUGAACGCAGUGAAGCCAUGGCGAUAGUGUGUACGAGGUGUCCUAUUUCAUUAAAGGAGCGUUAGGCAUCAGGGAGCCAGCACGUUUCUUAUUCAACGGUUGCAUAGGAUCGGACAUGGAAAGCAUGGAAAGGGAUCUGACUUGAUAACCGGUUAUGUUCGUCGCAAGUCGAUUGAGGAGGGGCUAAACAGGGUAAAUUAGGUGCAUGUCCACAGGACACCAAGGGGUUCGUGUGUGGUAUAGAGAGCAAUCGAU